GGGGUUUUCUUGAUUCUCUCUUUCCUGAAAAAAAGGACGAUGCCCUCUCGAGCUGUGCUUGUGCGUCCUGGUACAGUUUUCUUUUUUCGGUGAUUCGAGCACUCACGAUCAGGACAGACAGACAGCCAAGAUGCGGAGCUUGGCCGCAGUCGUUGCCCUCCUCUCGGCCAUGGGCCUGGUGGCAGCCCAGCUGCCGCCAGGCACUCCCAAAUGCGCGGUUCCUUGUUACAUCAAGGGCGCCGCCGCAUCGCCAUGCCUCACCGACGUGGCCUGUCUUUGCGCUGACCAGACCUUCAUCGCCUCUGUCGAGACAUGUGUGCGGGCCAGCUGCAUAGUUGAGGACGCCCUGCUGGUCAAGAAUGCGUCCGCGACGACAUGCGGCAUCGAGCCCGGGAACAUCAGCCCCCUCUACGUCGAGACAUCGGCCAUCAUGACUGGAUUCGCCCUCUUCUUCACCAUCCUCCGCGUCGUCUAUCGCCAGUGGAUCACGCAACUAGGGCUGGGGGCCGACGACUGGACCACCAUCGCCGCCGCCUUGAGCUGCAUUCCUGCCACGGUUCUGAAUGCACGCCUCGCCCAGUUUGGUAUAGGCAAGGAUAUCUGGACCCUCACGCCCUACCAGAUUACCAUGUUUGGACAGACAUUUUACAUCCUGACGAUGAUUUACUUCCUCGACAUGGCGUUGCUCAAGCUCUCGAUUCUCUUCUUCUUCCUGCGGAUAUUUCCCGACCGCAGAUUCCGUACGGUCGUGUGGGUGACGGUUGGCGUUGUUACCAUGUUUGGAGUCGCCUACGUGAUGGCUGCGGCAUUGCAGUGCUUGCCUGUGAGCUACAACUGGACUAGGUGGAACGACCGCGAGAACCAGGGCCACUGCGUCGACUACGGCGCAAUUGCGUGGGCCAAUGCAGCUGUGAGCAUCGCGCUCGACUUCUGGAUGCUCUACCUGCCGCUGUCGCAGAUCUCGUCACUCAAGCUGGACUGGAGGAAGAAGGUCGGCAUCUCUGCCAUGUUCAUCGUCGGCACCUUCGUAACCGUCGUCUCUAUUAUCCGACUCGCCUCGAUUAUCAAGUUCCGCAGCAGCGACAACAUCACGCACGACACGACAGCCAUCGCCAUGUGGUCAACCGUAGAGAUCUGCACGGGCGUCAUUUGUGCAUGCAUGCCGUCCAUGCGCCUCGUCCUCGGCCGCCUGUGGCCGAACGUCUUUGGCUCUCCCGCGACGACGUCCUCGUCGUUGUACCCGCGAGGUGGCGGCAUGUACUAUGGCAAAAACAACACGGGCACGGGCACGGGCACGGGGCUGCACAACGGCAGCCACCACAACAACCACAACACAACCACCAGCAAGAGCGCCCAGUCCACCACGACCAAAUCGAUCAACCGCUUCUCCCGGCCCAUGUCCUUUUUCAGCAGCCACCAGAGCGGCAACAGCGGGAGCAGUGGCGGCAGGGUCGAUGCUGUCGCUUACCCAGGCCGCCUUGGGCGUGUCGGUUCGACCGAGGACGAUGCCAUCCAGCUUCGCACAAACCCAGGCCAACCGCUGCCACCAGUGUACAUGGCAGAAAGAUCUUCGACGUCGAGCUCGGAACUGGACCUUCCCCGGCAAGGGACGAGUUCAGGGGGGAUCCAUGUCACAAGGAGCGUGGAAAUCAAGUACUAGUUAGCACUUGUGUGUCUGCAUGUGUACAUCUUUGCUUUGUUCCAAGGCGGGCGUUCUUUUUGUUUGUCAAUCAUUUUUUGUUCUCUUUGUAGCAUAGAAGCGAUAUAUCCGCAAAAUACCACUAGUAGUGAAUGGCCUUUUGGCUCACCCAGUUUUACACAGUGACUGCUGAGCGGGUUGUCUCACAAAACCAAUGAAACCUUAGCAUUGCAUUCAUGGUCUGACGGGAUGCUAAGGGCCACAUUUUGA